CGCGACCACACCGGGCCGCCCGUCCCCGCUCUCCUGCCCCAGCGGCUGGCGGUGCAGCCCCUGCCGCCUGGCCGGGUGUCCCCCCCCAGAGCAGGGACCGGCCAUCCUGCCCCCCAGCACAUGGCACGGCCACCAUGCCGGCAAGCGACGGGCAUCCCCGCGCCCUGCAGCCCUGCACAGCCGCCUCCUGGCAGCCCUCUCCUGCUCGGGACAGCUGUGUUAUUAAUUAGCGCGCUCACCGUUUGGCCGCCACAUAAUUAGUGCAUUCAGGCAGCACGUCCCCCCCCAUCACCCCACGCCAGCUCUCCUACCUGUGAGUGCCAGGCUCGUCCCUCGCCUCCCCUCACCCACGCGGUCCAGUGCUCCAGCGCCUAAACCCCGGGGGGCUCCGGCGCCCGCCCCCCACCUCGUGGGGCAGCGGGUCCCACCGAACGUGCUCCAUGAGCCCUGCCCGGCGGGGGCUGCGCUUCAGCUGGGAGGCAGCAGCCCCUAGCUGGAAGCGCUUGCCUCAGGACCCGCUUCCCAGCCCGCCGUCUGCAGCGAGGUCUGUCUCUCCCUCCCUCCUGGCAAGAGCUGGAAAAGGGGUCUCAGCUCCCGCCGUUCUGUCCUCGCCUCCCCCCCGACCCCCUGUUCCCAGAGCCCGCCAGGGCUGGGGCAGGCUGGGCUUGGCUCUCUCCUCUGUCAACACAGGCUCCUGGCUCUUCUGCUUGCAAAGAAAAAACUCUGACAGCCUUUUAAAGCCUCGGAGAAGCAGGAGGUACACUGGAAAACGGGCGAUCCUGGGAUUUAUUAUUUUUGACAAUCUCAUCAUUUUGGGCCUGACUCACGGCUUUUGAAUGUUUGGGACGAGCAGCAGAGGGGAGAAGUAGGUUUGCUGAGCACAGGCAGCACGGCCAGGCAGGAGGGUCUGGCGUCUGUGCUGUGACAAGGCGACGGAGGGGGGCAUCAUCCCGCUCCCAGCCCCUCGCCAUCCCCGCGGCUGCCCCUGGCUCGGGCACGGCAGGUGAGCUGGCCAGUCCCCAGCCCCCCAGCAUGGCACAGGAGGCGGCCCCCAUCUUGCUGGUUGUCCUCACCAGGCUGGUGUCAUCCACGUGGCACGAAGGGUCUGGCUACUACGCAGCCGAGAGUCACACCAAUGAAGUGUAUGCAGAAGAAGCCCCUCCUGAACCUGCCCUGGACUAUCGCCGAGUGCCCCAGUGGUGUGCCACACUCAACAUCCACCGCGGAGAGGCCACCUGCUACUCUCCCCGGGGGGGCUCCUACCGCAGCAGCCUGGGGACACGCUGUGAGCUGAGCUGCGCCCGUGGGUACCGCCUGGUGGGGCCCAGCGCCGUCCAGUGCCUGCCCAGCCGCCACUGGUCUGGGAUGGCGUACUGCCGACAAAUCCGGUGCCACGUGCUGCCGGCAGUGCUGCGGGGCUCCUACGUGUGCUCAGCCGGCGUGCAGAUGGAUUCCCGCUGCGACUACACCUGCCUGCCCGGCUACCAGCUGGAGGGUGACCGAAGCCGCAUCUGCAUGGAGGACGGGCGCUGGAGUGGGAGCGAGCCAAUCUGUGUAGAUAUGGAGCCUCCCAAGAUCCGCUGCCCAGAUUCCCGGGAGCGGAUAGCUGAGCCAGGCAAGCUGACCGCCACUGUCUACUGGGACCCCCCCCGUGUGAAGGACUCUGCUGACGGCAUCAUUAAGAGGGUGAUGCUGCGGGGCCCCGAGCCCGGCUCUGAAUUCCCCGAAGGAGAGCAUGUGAUCCGCUACACUGCCCAUGACCAGGCGUACAACCGAGCCAGCUGCAAGUUCAGCAUCCGUGUCCAAGUGAGGCGCUGCCCUGUCCUGAAGCCUCCGCAGAACGGUUACCUCUCCUGCACCUCUGAUGGCAACAACUACGGAGCCACCUGCGAGUACCUGUGCGAGGGGGGCUACGAGCGCCAGGGCACCUCCCUGCGCAUCUGCCAGUCCACCCAGCAGUGGACUGGCUCCCAGCCCCUUUGUGCGCCCAUGCAGAUCAACAUGGACGUGAACUCAGCUGCCAGCCUACUGGAUCAGUUCCAUGAGAAACGCCGCCUCCUCGUCAUCUCAGCCCCUGACCCUUCUAACCGCUACUACAAGAUGCAGAUCUCCAUGCUGCAGCAAGCUGCCUGUGGGCUGGACCUGCGUCAUGUCACCACCGUGGAGCUGGUGGGGCAGCCCCCGCACGAGGUGGGACGCAUCCGGGAGCACCAGCUGUCCCUUGGCAUCAUUGAGGAGCUCAGGCAGUUCCUGCACCUCACCCGCUCCCACUUCAAUGCGGUGCUGCUGGACAAGGCGGGCGCCGACCGCGAGCGCUACAUCUCCCCCAUCAGCCCUGAUGAGCUCUUCGUCUUCAUUGACACGUACCUGCUGAGCGAGCGGGAGGCAGCACGGCGGGCACAGAGCGGGGACCCCUGCGAGUGAGACAGUGCCAGGGAGACACCCCCGCUCUGCUGGCCUCAAGGGACGGACACCUUUCCUUUUUGCUUUUCUAGUCACCCACCGUAGAGGAGGACCAGGGUGCCAAGGGCCUCCUGGGGAAGGGGAGCCCCUCUUCGGCUGCUCUGGCACAGAGGCCAGCAGGGCCAGGGACCAUGCGCUGGCAGCAUCCCUAGUGCCCAGCAGCCGGCUGCAGGGUGGGAUGGCUCAGCCCAGCCAGGACCAUGGUGGGACCCACCAGAGUGCCUCCGCUCAGACCCCAGGGCAGAGGGGAGAUGGGCUGCCAGGCGCUGAGCUGCCAGAGCAGAGAGUGGGAGGUCAGGCAGGACGGGCAGGGAAACAGUGCAACAGCUUCACCCUCCCCUGGGGUAGCUUCACCCCCAGGCACAACCUGCACCCACUCCCUCCCCCCCUGGGGUCAGCCCUGACAGGCAGGCACUCCUGCCAGAAAGCCUUCAUUAAAAAGCAAACAGCCCCACGCUCAGCAAAGCCAGCGUGCAGCCCCCACCGCGGGCUCGCCAUCCCCCCCCCCCGCCCCCGCCGCCCCUUGCUUCACCCUCCACCAGCCAUGGGGCACCCUUCCUGGGAACCGUUUUAGCCAUAGAGUAUUAACUUGAAAUAAAUAAAAUUGUA